CCGGGCGGCCAUCUUUCUCCGCUCAGCAGGACUCUGCUCGGGAGUGGAACAAGAGUGUCGCAAUCACUUUGAUAAGCCUAAGCAACUUUUUUUUUUGGUGGCAAGUUUCAUUUUGAGGUCCAAGCAUCUAAAACUUACAACCAAACCGAACGCAAACCAUGUUUGUGUUCCCCGUCGCCGCCGAGCUUCUCCGCUGACAUCCCCGAUGCUCGUCUAAUAACUGUCUACAAAUGGAGAUGGUGCCCAGCGAGGAGAACCAGUUCGUGCCCAAAGAGAUACAUAAUGCGGCCGAGGAGCCCAGGGUGCUGUGUAUAAUUCAGGACAUCACCAGUGCGAAGACAGUAAAUGAGAGGCUGACCCUCAACCUGCCUGCUUCCACUUCUCUUCCCAAGCUUUACGAGGAUGUUGCCCACAAAGCUGGAUAUGUAAACGGCACCUUUGACCUUGCCUGGGGAAAUGCUCUAGACAUGGCACCACUGGAGCGUAGCAGUGACAUGACCCUCUCAGAUUCUGGGUUUGAGCCUGGCGGUAAGAGGAAUUUCCUGCAGCUUACGGACAAAGAUGGAGAGCAGCCCCAGAUUGCAUCAGAUGAAUCAGGAACAGCAGAUAGCAGUGGACUGGAUGACAGUUCCCAGGAGCGACUUAUUGGUCCCUUACCAAGAGAUGGCAGUACAGGUGGCAGUGGAGACUACAGCAGUCCAUCAUACUCUUACUCAUCCAUCCUCAACAAGUCAGAGACAGGAUAUGUUGGCUUGGUUAACCAGGCAAUGACCUGCUAUUUGAACAGUCUUCUGCAAACACUGUUCAUGACACCAGAGUUCAGAAACGCACUCUACAACUGGGAGUUUGAGGAAUCAGAGGAGGAUCCUGUCACAAGCAUUCCCUACCAGCUCCAAAGGCUGUUUGUUUUACUGCAAACCAGUAAGAAACGAGCGAUUGAGACCACUGAUGUGACACGGAGCUUUGGCUGGGAUAGCAGUGAGGCUUGGCAACAGCAUGACGUCCAGGAGCUGUGCAGGGUCAUGUUUGAUGCCCUGGAGCAGAAGUGGAAGCAGACAGAGCAGGCUGAUCUUAUCAACCAGCUGUACCAGGGGAAGCUGAAGGAUUAUGUCCGAUGUUUGGAGUGCGGCUAUGAGAGCUGGAGAAUUGAUACUUACUUGGACAUACCUCUUGUGAUCAGACCCUUUGGAGCCAGCCAGGCUUACGGGAGUGUGGAAGAGGCUUUGCAGGCUUUCAUCCAGCCAGAAACUCUAGAUGGGCCCAACCAGUACUUUUGUGAACGCUGCAAAAAGAAAUGUGACGCCCGGAAGGGUCUGAGAUUUCUGCACUUUCCCUACCUGCUGACAUUACAGCUGAAAAGGUUCGAUUUUGAUUACACCACUAUGCAUCGCAUCAAGCUUAAUGAUCGCAUGACUUUCCCAGAGGAACUUGACAUGAGCCCAUUCAUUGACGUAGAGGAUGAGAAGUCGCCUCAGACAGAGAGCUGCACUGAUAGUGGAGCAGAGAAUGAAGGCAGUUGCCACAGUGACCAAAUGAGCAAUGAUUUUUCCACUGAUGACUGUGUGGAUGAGGGCAUCUGCUUGGACAGCACAAGCAGCACAGACAGGGCAUUUAAGCCAAAGAGCUUGCUGACCUUUGAGCUUUUCUCUGUCAUGGUCCAUUCUGGGAGUGCUGCAGGUGGCCACUACUACGCCUGCAUCAAAUCUUUCAGCGAUGGCCAGUGGUACAGUUUCAAUGAUCAACACGUUAGCAAGAUCACCCAGGAUGAUAUCAGGAAGACACAUGGGGGAUCCUCAGGGAGCAGAGGCUAUUUUUCCGGUGCCUUUGCAAGUUCUACAAAUGCAUAUAUGCUGAUAUAUAGACUGAAAGAUCCCUCAAGAAACGCAAAGUUUUCAGCUGUGGAAGAUUUCCCAGAGCACAUAAAGAGUUUGGUUCAGAAAGAGAAAGAGUCUGAAGAGCAAGAGAAGCGCCAGAGGGAGAUUGAGCGCAACACUUGCAAGAUCAAGCUUUUCUGCGUGCAUCCUGUGAAGAUGAUGAUGGAGAGCAAGUUGGAAGUGCAUAAGGACAAAACUCUGAGAGAAGCAACAGAAAUGGCCUAUAAACUGAUGGAGCUGGAUGGAGUGGUUCCCCUGGACUGCUGUCGUCUGGUUAAGUAUGAUGAGUUCCAUGAGUACUUGGAGCGAUCGUACGAAGGUGAGGAGGAAACUCCCAUGGGCCUUCUCCUCGGCGGCAUCAAGUCCUCAUACAUGUUUGACUUGUUGCUUGAGACCCGUCGGCCAGAUCAAGUCUUCCAGCCUUACAAACCUGGAGAGGUGAUGGUGAAGGUACAUGUUGUUGAUUUGAAGAGUGAGACCAUCGCCACUCCAAUCAGCGUUCGAGCGUACUUGAACCAAACAAUCACUGAAUUCAAACAGCUUAUUGCACAGGUUGCUAAGUCCUCUCAGUCUUUUGCUACAGGGUUAUCAGCAGAAAGCAUGCGAGUGGUCCUGGAGCGCUGCUAUAAUGACCUAAGGCUUCUCUACGUUCCAAGCAAGACACUCAAAGCCGAGGGAUUCUUCAGGAGUAACAAGGUUUUUGUAGAGAGCUCCGAGCUGACUGAUCAUCAGGUUCCUUUCACUGACUCCCUGUUGUGGAAACUGUUGGACCGUCACGGAAACACAAUCCGACUGUUAGUCUUACUGCCAGAGCAGUCUCCCGGGACCCUGGCCAACAGAACUCUUUGCCAAAAAGUAGGGGAAGAUUCUGAUGGGCCCUUUGACGGGUCAAAAGGUAACAGGAAAACUGUAGAGGCUAUCCUCGAGGAGAGCACAGAAAAGUUAAAGAAUCUGUCCCUGCAGCAGCAGCAGCAGCAACAACAGGGCUCCAGCACCAGUGACAGCCAGAAAAGCUCUGACACCAGCGACUUUGAACAUAUCGAAUCACCAACUCAAGACGCUGACUCCAACUCAUCGCUUUGUGUUGCUGCAGACAACAGAGAGUUGGAAAACCGGAUCAGGGCUACGCCAGGAGGCAGCGGCGGUGCCUCCUCUGACAUUGAGACCCAGUUUGUCUGCGAGGAGCGGUCGGACUCUGAGGUGAACAAUGACCGCAGCACCAGCUCAGUGGACAGUGACAUCCUGAGCUCCAGUCACAGCAGUGACACACUGUGCAAUGCGGACAGUGGUCCCAUCCAGCUGGCUAACGGCCUGGAUUCACACAGCAUCACUAGCAGUCGACGCUCCAAAGCCCACGAGGGCAAAAAAGAGACGUGGGACACGGCUGAAGAAGACUCUGGAACAGACAGCGAGUAUGACGACAACGGGAAGAGCAAGGCCGAAGCUCAGUACCUCUACUUCAGGACAGAACCUUAUUCUCAGGAUGAGGCUUCGUGGGAUACACAGAAAUGUUUAGUAGUGCAUGUGGACAAAAGAAUAACAUUAGCAGCAUUCAAACAGAACUUGGAGCCCUACGUAGGAGUACCGUCCACCCAGUUCAAGGUCUUCCGGGUGUACGCCAACAACCAGGAGUUUGAGAGUGUACGGCUCAAUGAAACGCUCUCAUCGUUCUCUGAUGACAACAAGAUAACCAUUCGGUUGGGAAGAGCCCUGAAAAAGGGUGAAUAUAGAGUUAAAGUGUAUCAGCUACUUGUGAAUGAACCAGAGCCAUGUAAGUUCCUUGUGGACACAGUGUUUGGCAAGGGCAUGACUGUCAGACAGUCCAAGGAGGAGCUGCUUCCUCAGUUGAAAGAGCAGUGCAAGCUUGACCUCAGCAUCGACAGGGUUCGACUCAGGAAAAAGACAUGGAAAAAUCCAGGCACAGUGUUCCUGGAUUACCACGUCUAUGAGGAAGACAUCAGCAUUUCCUCCAACUGGGAGGUUUUUAUGGAAGUUCUUGAUGACCCGGAAAAAAUGAAGUCCAUGUCACACCUGGCCAUUCUGACUCGGAGAUGGAACCCAGCUACAAUGAAGCUGGGGCCUUUCCAGGAGGUGAUUCUGGAUAGCAGCAGUGUAGAAGAACUCAAGGAAAAGCUUAGUGAAAUCAGCGGUAUUCCCCUCGACAACCUAGAGUUUGCAAAGGGCAGGGGAACGUUUCCGUGUGAUAUUUCUGUGCUGGAGAUCCAUCAGGAUUUAGACUGGAACCCAAAGGUGUCGACCCUCAAUGUGUGGCCUCUUUACAUCUGUGAUGAUGGUGCUGUGGUCUUCUACAGGGACAGCACAGAGGAACCUCUUGAGCUGUCAGAGGAUGAACGCAAUGAGCUAAUGAAGAAGGAGAGCAGCCGACUGCUCAAGACAGGACAUCGUGUCAGCUACUCUCCACGCAAGGAGAAGGCCCUCAAGAUCUACCUGGAUGGCGGCCCUUUGAAAGAUCCGGGGCAGGACUGAAGCACAAAGAAGCACUCUUGAUUAUUUAGGUUGCCUGGCCGCAGCAGGAGAGCAGCCGGGCAUCGGGACUGUGAAUAACAGGCCCAUUAGUGACUUGAAAUCAAGCAGCAUUGGGAGGUGGACGUGCUCUCACCCUUCACUCAGAGCCCCACAGCUGGCUCACAAACCCUGUUGUGCACUAUAGUGUAUUGUACUGUAAAGUUUAAAGGGAAGUACAAAAGCUAUUCACACAGAAAAGAAUUAAAUACUGUAUCGACAAAUCAUUUGAAGAAAAAAAGAUUCAGCUACGGAUGCAGAAAUGUCAGGACUGUGAAACUGGUCUGGAAGGCAUCCAUUCUGUCUAUGUAAGUCUGUUUCACUCUCCUGUCUGUCACUGUCUGUUCAUCUUCCUGGUUUUAAAGGUGUUGAUUCUGAAUCGUGUAGCUCUCUUGUGAGUCCAAUGUUCUCACACCUUUUGAAUACUUGCUCUGUUAGGGAGAUCACUCAUCUUUUCUUGCUAUGGAUAUUCAACAGUACAUAAAAUCAAGAACUACGUAUCCAGCCUUCCUUGAACUCAUCUCCUCUGGCGACGCAAACUUAUCUCAGUGACUUUCAAGUUAGAAUGUCAUUAAUUCACAAGAUUCGAUGGAUCAUUUAAUAAUUUGUAAACUAAAACUUGUAUUUUUCUCUCAUAAUACCCCAUAGUAAUGUCUUGUUAUAGGUUGUCCUUAAUGGUCCCUGUGCUUUACAGGAGCUCUGCCUCUUUCACUUCACUUCCACCCAGUGUGGUGAUGUAUCGGCUGCUGGUCCUUUUAACAUAAAGUCUAAUGAGACCCAAGUAGACGAUGUUAAGAAUCUCAUUGUUUCAUUUUUCAUUGUAAAUUAUUACUUUGCUCCGGACUUGAUCCUUCAGUUAGGUCUCGUGAGUCACCAGACAUACAACUGCUGUCUUUAUUAACCUUUAAUUUAGAGAGUGUAUAUCUUUUUGUUGUUGUUGGUUUUGCACCAUAUGAACUGGGUGUACAUGAGUGUCAUCCAUUUGUCUGUGAGAUGUUGUACUGAGGGGAAGGAGCUGUUGCUGGGGUUUUGGCUGAGAGCACAAGUUUUAUUUUGUUUGUAUGUUUUUUUGUUUUAUUGGGGGGGCGUUUCUACCUGCUGCUGCUUGAUAGACUGACACCAGAGGUGCAGGAAACCUGCAGCCUGACUGGUCCAAUGCUCUGAGGACUGCAUCCCAGCCGCCCCAGGCUCCUGAUGCUGCCACCAGCUAUUCACUGUAGAAAUGCCAAUAUCAGAGGAAAAAAAAAAAAAUCUUUGUUUCUUUGAGACUUCAGAUCCUGUGUGAAAAUAGUUAAAGAUGAUUUUAGAAAUGAAUUAAAGUGCUUUUUUUCAUAAAUUGAGUUUCUGCCCUUGUAAAUCAAAGUGGUUUAACUCAAAUGCAAAAGGGCUGUGGUUCAAAAGUCUUUUUAUUUUUGUUUUUUUUAAUUGUCCAAUCUGCAUGUCAGGUUUAGGAACAGUGUUGGGGUUAAUAUUGAACCAGUUUAGCUGUAACAUGUUUACUGUUACAUCAAUGAUUAUUAAAUUUGGUUUAUGUGGUUUCUCAUGUGGACUUUUAAGUCCCAUUACUGCUCUUAAAACCCUCAAACUGCAUACAGAUACAUUCCUGGGACUGAUUUUAUUUUAAGUCAGGAAAGGAGGCAGAGUAGACCCCCACCCCCAAAGUUGACAACUUUUUGAGCUCCUUUAUAAAAUGCUUUAGAUGCAGGUGAAAAUACUAUUGUAAGACAGUCCAAAAGCCUACCCUUUAAACCGAGCCUUUACGUCUCUCUUUGUAACAGUUAGUUAGAAACUCCAUAUGGCCCCUCUCUUUUGUCAGAUGUGGCUCUUUUGUGGGAAACGCACAACUGCAACUUUCUCUGAUGUGGGUCUAUGAUGUCAACGUAUCCAGCAAAUCUGUAUCACUGUUUUGAAUGUUAACAGGACCGAAGGUGCUACAAAUAAAUUGACACGGUUGUGUUAGAAUUUUUAA